GUCGACAGAGAGCGUUGUUGAUGUCGUUAGACUGCUACAGUAAACAAAGCUGAUUUCUUCACCGUUUUAAGCUUUUCUAAGGACUAAAUCCCUCUUUGGAAGUGGUGCCUUGAACAAUGAUGGCCCCGUAGGUGUGACGAUGGAGAGGGCGAACUUCAGAGUGAGGAUGGCCAGACACCUGCUUCUGCUGCUCUUAUUUGUCGCCCCCCUCGCGCCACCCACAGGGAGCCAGCGAAUCCGCGAGUUGAAGGUGGAAGUUGGCGGCAGUGAGCCCCAUGCUGGUGCAAAUAUCACAAUUAGCUGCAGGGGUCGAGGGGACCUGUUGCAGUGGCGUCAUGGCCAUCACAAUAUCACGCCAGACGGUGUGCGGUGGCAAGUGAUAACAGAAGUUGAGAAGGAGAACAUCUUGAGUACCCUAAUGAUUUUUCGCGUUGGCCUCCGAGACUCAGGACGCUAUCACUGCCGUGUAAAUAAGACCAACAAAGACAAAGUUGCAGAUAAAAAUGUUACCAUUCAUGUACAGGCUCCUCCUGUGCUGAUGGAAGCUAGGAACUUCACCGUGAGAGCUGGGCUUAAGGCAAAGCUCUCUUGUACUUUUGAAGCCGUCCCUGCUCCUGAGGUGUUUUGGAUUAAGGAUAAGGAACAGCUUGACAAAAAGAAAGGGUACAGCGUCGAAACCAGCAAGGAAUCAGACUUGCACCUGUCAGAUCUACUGAUAGAAAAUGUAACCCUGAAAGAUAAUGGAACAUAUGAAUGUAAAGCCUCAAAUACCAUUGGUAACAGUGACCAGAGUGGGACACCUGUUCUACUUGUUCAAGAUUUCCCAGAGGUUAAUCUAACAAAGGUGCGAGCUGUCGGGCCCAAGGAAAUUCAGGCUGAGUGGUCAGUCAAGGAGAACAAUGCCCCCGUUCAUGAAAUGAAGAUCUUGGUGGCCAGAGCAGAGAGCAACUUUGAAGAACAGUCAGAGGUGAUUGCUGAGUCCACAAACAAAGUUCUUGAAGAUGUUGGUUCUCCAGGGGAGGAGAUUCACCUGAAAGUCGUGGUUGCAAAUGAAGUAGGGGAAACAGAGAGCAGAGAAGAGAUUGUUACUCUUCUUACUGAAGAACCAAAGUUCACCCCCAAUGCAUCACCAAGAGGAACCACUGUGGAUUCUCUCACAGUAGGAUGGAGCCAGCCUGAUGAAGAGAUGAAGGAGUAUGUCGGUUACUACCUUCUAUCACUGACGGACCCUAAUACCGGAGAUGCACAGCAGGCCAUGAAGCCAGCUCCAGCCUCAGAUCACAUGUUUACUGGGUUGAAGCCGGCAACACAGUACCAGUUCAUGGUGAAAGCAUGCAUGGAUGUCUUUGCUGAUGAAAAGCGUGAUUGUGGCAAUUUCUCAGCUCCUGUGUUUGGAAUGACCCUCAAUGGUGUGCCAGACAGGAUUUCUGACCUUCUGUUAGAGUGUGAGCACAGUGUAAAUAAGGUCCCCAGCACCAUCAAGAUUCUCUGGCAACCACCAAAGAAUCCCAAUGGUGUGAUUGACCACUAUAAAAUAGAAAUUGUGGAAACUGCAUCUUACAUCAAUGUGGAUGGCCAGAGAAGAUAUUAUAACAAUGACUACAGACAUAAUGUUGCUGGAUCACUCAGGAAUUACACUUUCUACAAUGCUCUCCCAAACACAAACUAUACCAUCAAGGUCUAUGCUGGCUCGAGGCAUCGCUACAGUUCUUCCAUGAAUGCUGUGUGUUCAAUGCCUGUUUGGGUACCAACACCUGAGAGAAUAAGUUGGUGGAAAUAUCCUCAUGAUGGACGAACUGUUCUUAGACUACCAGUACCGAGGGCAUCAGAACGUAAUGGAACCAUAUGCUGUCACAGGAUUGUUAUUGUGAAAUUGUCCAAGGGGGAAUCAGUCCACACUAUAGCAGAGCCCAAAGACUUGCCGCUCAGCACCUAUGAUGAGGUCCACCGGUCACCUUCAGCAUCUGGAGCCUAUGUUGCUGAAGCCUUUUCCAGGUGGUCUGUGAAGGACAAGUACCUGCUCUUGGGAGAUGGAAAGGUUGUAGGAAAUUGGUCUGAGGGAUGUGCGGCUUGCUUGGGGGAGAUGAUGCCUAUGGGUGAAGCAGCAGCAUCCACCAGCAAUGAGAGUCGCGUCAAAAGGGCCAUGACGAGGGGAAAUCGGCGGUCCCUCCUUUCGCUGCAAGUCCUACCACCGGUUGUAGAUGGUAUACUUUCCCAGGAAUCUAACUACACGGGCUUUGUGAUACUCUCGGUUCAAUCUAGCACAGGACAACCAUUGACAGCAUACUCUGACUUCUUUCCGGUCAUUCAGCCUGUGGAAGACAUUACGUACACCAAUGACUCACCAACACACAUAUCCCAGAUGCAGAUUAUAUAUGUGGCUGCUGGUCUUUUCACAUUCCUUCUCCUGUUAACAAUAGGAUUAUGUAGUCUUCUAUGUUUCUAUCGUAGAAGGAAUAAGCAUUUAGAAGAGGAAGAAGUCACAGAGAGUCUGUCUGGAUCCCUAGGGUUUCAAUCUAGCACAGGACAACCAUUGACAGCAUACUCUGACUUCUUUCCGGUCAUUCAGCCUGUGGAAGACAUUACGUACACCAAUGACUCACCAACACACAUAUCCCAGAUGCAGAUUAUAUAUGUGGCUGCUGUUCAAUCUAGCACAGGACAACCAUUGACAGCAUACUCUGACUUCUUUCCGGUCAUUCAGCCUGUGGAAGACAUUACGUACACCAAUGACUCACCAACACACAUAUCCCAGAUGCAGAUUAUAUAUGUGGCUGCUGGUCUUUUCACAUUCCUUCUCCUGUUAACAAUAGGAUUAUGUAGUCUUCUAUGUUUCUAUCGUAGAAGGAAUAAGCAUUUAGAAGAGGAAGAAGUCACAGAGAGUCUGUCUGGAUCCCUAGGUUGGCGAAUCUUCAGAUCCUUAAGAAGAUCUCACACACUCAUGUCCCAACCAGCUGUUGAUGUAAAGCCAGUUCCACGAGAGGAACUUGUGCCGCAGUACGUUGAGAAGCUAAAAGACUCAGAACUAGGAUUUAGAAGAGAAUAUGAGUAUGUAGCUGGGCAAAUCAAGACCUUUGGAAACAUUACAGUGCAUCUCAUCAAGGAAAAAGCUUAUUCAGAUUACAUGGUUCGUACUCUGAGGGCUGAAUGGGGUGAGCCUGAUGACCCCCAAACACACGAGGUUCUCCAGUACCACUACCUGCUCUGGAAAGACUUUAUUGCUCCUGAACACCCUACUGGAGUCCUCUCCUUCCUGCGCCGUAUUAAUGAGGCCUAUUCGCAUGACCAGGGGCCCCUCUUGGUUCAUUGCAGUGCUGGAGUAGGGCGAACAGGAACUUUAGUGGCUUUAGACUCUCUGGUGAUGGAGCUGGAUGAAGAAGGUCAGGCCUCGAUCUUCAACUUCAUUUGUGAUCUACGGCACCAGAGAAACUUCCUCGUUCAGUCCCUUAAACAGUAUGUGUUCAUCCACCGUGCGCUAAUGGAGUACAGCCAAUUUGGAAACACUGAGCUUACCAUAUCUCAGCUGAAGGAAGCUUACAGCAACCACACACACCAUGACAGUUUAGAUGAUUCUUCACCACUUGAGAAGGAAUUUGAGCGACUGGGUAAGGUAGUAGAAGAUAGAAAAGCUUUUGCUAUUGCAACAAGUGAAGAGAAUAAACCCAAGAAUAGGUAUGACUUCUUGCUGCCAUAUGAUAACAAUCGUGUUAUCCUUGCACCAUUGCCUACCAAACCAUCAUCUACUUACAUCAACGCCUCCUUUGUUACGGGUUAUGAUCUGGCUGAGUCAUUUAUAGUCACUCAAGAUCCGAUGGAGAACACAAUUGCAGACUUCUGGAGAAUGGUGUUUGACCAAGAAGUUACAACCAUAGUCAUGCUGUCUGAGGUACAACUUGGUCAGUUGGGCAGUGGAGAAGGAUGCUGUAACAAAUAUUGGCCAGAUGAUGAAGAGCAGUACGAACAUAUCUCAGUGAAGCUUGUGUCGAGUGAAAGCUAUCCUAAAUACUCCAGCAGAUCAUUCCUGCUUACAAACACAAAGAAUGGUGAUGCCUUGACGGUGACACAGUUCCAUUACAUCGGAUGGUCAGGAGCCUUAGGUGAAGUUCCUCUGGUGACCUACGGGAUUAUGGAGAUCAUCACACGAGUACAGGCCCACACCGAUGCCAGUCUCUCCACUGCUGCUCCCACACUUGUCCACUGCUCGGGUGGUGGUGACCGCAGCAGUGUAUACGUAUGUCUCAAUAAUUGCCUACGUCAGCUCCGGAGGGAAGGGAGAGUAGAUCUUUUCCAGACAGCUCGCAGAAUUCGGGCUUUAAGACAAUUCCAACUCCAAGAGUUUGCCCAGUAUGAGUUCUCCUACAAAGCUCUUGUGGAGUUCAUAGAUAACAAGGGUUUAGAGAAUCUGUGAGGGGAACGUGAAGGUGACUACUACAGGAAGUGGAGCCUCUUAUUUUAGCAGACCCUGUGGUUACUUUGGAGAUAUAUUUCUCAAUUUUAUGAGGUAACAUCACAGUGGAUUGCAGAUGAUGAACAUUUUAACAUAUACUCAAAGUUUGUAGUGAAUUGCAAAGAUCUGUGCAUUUCAUCUUGUUCCCCUGCAUAUAGUAGGAGACAGUGAUCUGCAAGUAUGACUUUUAUAGUAGUUUUUUACCGUCAGAGUUAAUGACCUUUUUUAAUUUCUUUUGGAGAAGUUGUGAAGAAUCUCCCACCGGUAAGGUAGCAUCACAGUUGAAUGAAGGGUUAGGGACAGCUGUAGUGAUAGAAAGUCAGUGAUAGAUGUUGCUGUCACUUUUGACUAAGUAAAGAUAGCCGGCCAAAAUGUUUAUGACAAAGUGUAAGGAAGUGAACUUUGGUAAAGAAUAUGGAAGUUGUACAUAGAUGUGGAUGCAUACACAUAAACCCAAAUAAAAACACAAGCACAGUCAAUCACUAACAGUCAACUACACAUACUCAGACAAACAAACAAACAAACAAACAGACACAGAAACACAAUUAUGAAAACAAAAAAGAUUACACAAAAAAAAGUUAACCAAGUAUACAAUCCUAGUGUUCAGGAAAAUGUUUGGCCUUCAGAAAGAAGCUGACCCCACAGAAUUCCCUUCAAGUUGCUAGUGACGUUACUGUUGACACAAGCGCGAAGGGAGUCUUUCCUUCGUGUAGUUUAUGCUUGGUUUGAAUACUGUUAACCUGUAGACUGUAGUGACAAUUAAGGUUAUGACUAUAGCAAGUAAUAGACAAUGGCUAGUGCUCAAUUGUAUGUACUAAUAUAUUUUAUUGCUCAUGAUUAUUAUGGCUUAAUUUCUUUUAUAUGAUCAGUAUCUACUUAGGUAAGACAGUUUGUUUUCUCAUUACUUUUUCUUUUUUGAUUUUGAUGUAAUAUUCAGUGUUCAAGAAGAAAGAUUGUUGAUUUGUAAUGUAGGCAUUGAUAUAACCAUGUUAUUGUCACUGUGUUCAUUUACUGCAUAUAUCCAUCUUGUUUUAAAGAUAUACAAAUGUACGAAAGAUAUAUGAAAAUGAGAGAGAGAAUAAGAAAUGAAGAAAAAAGCAAAUUAUUCUUAAGUGGAACUUGGAUAGAACUGUAGGCUAUAUGUCCAUCAGGCUAUGAAGAUACUUGUUGGGACCAUGAAAUUUUUACAUGUGCAUUUAUGGUACCUUUUUAAGCCCAGGAAGGGACUUAGCUAAGUGACUCAUAUCAAGACUUUCUAGGAAUGGUGUAUUUUUACUGAUGGUUAUGGUCUUGUACUGCUGCUGUAUCAGUAUUUUUGUUUUUGUCUUUUUUUAGCAUAACUGCAUGGUGUAAUAGGAAAAACUGACAAAACCUUUUUUAUUUGUAGAAAGUAAUUUGUUCCUUGAGCUUCACUGAUUUAGGAAGUGUGGUAGUUGCUGCUGUCAUGGACUGCUAGGCAGAAAUUAAAGAACUUAAGAUAAAAUGUAAGAAAACUGAUGAGAUCAGUUAGGUUUUAGACAUUAUAUAACUGUGUCCAAGGCCUGAAAAAUCAGAAAAGCUAUUAUUUCAAAUUUGUUUAUUAUGUUCUGUGGAAGAAAAUAUGUAUUUUAUGUUUACAUAUCAAAAGUAAUGAUAUUCCAGAUGAAAUUUUGUUGGUGAUCUUACUUAUGGAUAAGUUUUGAGUAAUAAUUGUUAUUGCAGCUAUUUUGAAUUUAAGAACUAAGCUAGGGGUUUCACAGUUAAUCCCAUUUUCACCAUUUCACUUUUUUGUAAGUUGUCUUUUACCAUUUUUAUUAUCAUUAAAUGGGAACGAUUAUGGAUAAUCUUCAGAUAUCAUUUUUUAUUAUUUAAUGUGAUUAAUAUGAUCUUUUUAAAGAUCUCAGUUGCACUCAUUAGCAUUAAAGAUAUUUCUGUUGUAUUCUGAUAUUUGUGAAUAUUGAUUUAGAAAUCCAAAAUAUGAAGCAUUUCAUUUAUCAGUUGAUACUACUGCAGCUUCAUUCAUGAUGUGGUGGAUGCAUUAAUGCUAUCCGUGCUGUACAUGGUAUGGAACUUCAGGAUGUUUGUGUUCUGUCAUUAUCAUAGUUUCUUUUAAUGUCUAAAGUAAUUUUGUGAUUAUGCCUUGAGUAUUUUAGUACGCUAUGAAGAAACUGUCAAGUAUAUUAAGAUGAGGGUUGGAGAAGUUGGCAGGACAAGAUUCUCUUUUUGUUUUUUUGAAGCAUCCAUGAAAGUAGGCAUUGUGCAUGGACUGGAGGCUGGAAGCUGAUGAAUGUAAGAGAGGCCUGAAUCUGAAUUUCUUGUGUGUCGUAUAAUGAUUCAUUGAGGAUAUGUAAAAUUAACAUCGCCAUUCAUUCAAGUAGCAUUCCUUUUAUAGGACAGUGUCACUUUCUUAACUUUUCUUUCCUGGUACACUGAAUAUGUGAACAGUCUCUUUAGGUUAUUUACCGCUGCAUUGCUUAGUGGGAUUCUUUCUUGGAGGAAACUGCUGCUAUAGCCAAAGAUAUGUUUAGGGUCAGGCAGCUAGGGACAUGCUACGUAUUGUUCUUUCUGCCUUGGUGCAUUGAAGGGCUUGCUUAUUUUGUAAUAAUUUUUUCACUCAUUCUUUUACUUUUUUAUGUUUAUAUUUUGUCCUUAUUUUAUUAUUAUUAUUAAUUUUGUUUUUGUUUUUAUUACUUUCCCUCUUGAGUUUGUCCUUAUUGAUAAUUCUUUAAGUGUAUGAUAAAAGAAUGAAUAUAUGUAAUUGACAUCCCUGUAAUGUAAGGUGAUUUCAGGGUCACAGGAAGGGAUAGCAUUGUGUCGCACAAAUUGAGCUGUAUUGGCUCAGUACCAAACUGUUUAAAACUGAAAAGUGUAAAUAUGUACUUGUUCUUUUACAUGUAUCAUGAACAUCCUAAGCUACUUCCCAACAAGAAUCACUUCUACAUCCUCAAACAAGGAAAACAUGUACAUUUUUUAAAAGUGACUGCAUGCUGUUCUUGGAACUGAAAUCAGGAACUGAUGGGAGAAGAAAGAAAGAAAAAAAAAUAUUUGGCACAGGUGAGCUUCACUCCCAACUGUAAAUAAUCUUACAAUAUAUAAGAUUUAAUUUCAGUGUAAAGCUUGGUUUAAUGUGCUGCUCCAGCAAAAUGUGUGUGAAUUAUUUGCAAUUAAGGUAACCGUAGUUCCUGUACUGGUUCUCUAGGUGAGUGAUUGGUCGUUGAGUGUCAAACAAAUUCAUAGUCUAAAAUAAAAGAAGGUCCACCUUGCCAGUUCCUGACUUGUCCAUAAUUCAUAAAAGGGCUGAUCCAUCCCCAAGCUCUCAGUAAGUCUGGCUGCUCCUCUUUGGAGCAUCCAUUCCACGGGUACUAGGUAUAGCUGAAAGAAAAAAAGAAAAAAAAAAAUAGAACAAACUUUUAAAAAAUACCGCUUUUCAUAUGCUUUCCUUUGUCUUGUAUUACCUAAUGCUAAUAUUGAUAACCCUAAUUAAAGAUAAAAAAGAAUGUGAGUAUAUACACCCUGAAAUUGUUUUAGGAAAAUAUUUUCUAUACUCAGUCUGUCCUGAUUAAUUCCAGAUACAUAGGGUAAAAGAGGUGUAGUUAUGUACUUGUUUCAAAGGUUAAAGUAGCUCUUAGAACUAGACGUAAAUGUUCAUAAUUCAAGAACUUGUGAAUAGGAUACAUGUGGCAGAUUAUUCCUGGGUUCGAAUACCAUCUUUAAUUUGCAUUUAUUUUACUCUGUGAAUUUUGCAUUUCUGGCUUCAGGUGGAUUAUUUCCAUUAUUUUAUUCCUUAAUUGCAUUUUUUAAAUGUCAUUGCACAAGAAUGCGUCUGUGGAGUUGUUGACAUUAUUUUUGUUCUAUUUCUUUCAUAUUGUGUGUUUUGUGUAGGAUAUAAUAUAGUACUAUUAUUAUUAUAAUUUUUAUUAGAUUUUUUUUUUUUUGCAUAUCUCAUUUACGAUUAGAUAAUUUUACUCUGUUCUGGGGAUGGUGGAUUCACUCAUACCUGAUUAAUUAAUUAGUCUGUGGAUAUUUGUAAUUCCUAGACCAUGUCUCUCUUUUUUUUAUAAUAAGUUAAUGAAUGUUUUUCUUUUUGCCUGAACAGUAUUGUGGUUUCCACUUUUUAAUUUCUUUUCCAGAUGAAUGCUUUUGAUAUCUUGUAAUUUAAAACAAAUGAUCACUAAAGAAACAGAAAAUCCUUUGUAAUAUGUACAGUAUUGUUAACAACAUUCACAUUCAAAUACAACAUAAACACAUGUAAUGGCAGGCUGGUACAAAGAAAUGCAAUGCUUACAAAAAAAAUUACAUCUUUAUCACUGUUAUUAUUGUGAACUUUUUUUUUUAUUGUUAGACAUUGGUCAAGUGAAAACAAGAAUAUUUACAGGCAAGUGGAACUUUUUUCUGGUAUGAUCUGAACAACUCAUGCUACCCAAACCAGAAUACGCUAUGGCUAGUCCGGCAAUAGUCUUUAUGCAGCUUUAGGUCUUCCCAAAAUUAGCACAAUAAUGUUAAGUCUUGGCUGUCACUGAAUGAAUAAAACACUGAAUGUGUAGGAGAGUGAAGCAGUGUGCGACUGUGUUCUGUAAGGUAACAAACGAAGGGACGGUGUUUUAAAAUCACGUCCCUUCGAUGACACUUGUACCAAGUUGCAGAGUUCAUUUCCUUCGUCAUUCUAUCAUCCACAUUUUGCGUGUUCAUAUAUGUCAAUAGAGACAUCAGUAACAGUUACUGAAAGCUAAUACAUAAUGCCAUUAGCAUCAUAACCUGUAUAAUCAUUGUUAGUUUUAAUAUUUCUGAUUAGAGUAGGGAAGUGUUUGAGAUUAUGCUUACACUAAUAACUUGAAGACCAACAAACCUAAUGCUGUUUGAAAUGUUCUGAAAUGGAACCCUUAAUUUGUGGCAUAGUGGUCUUGCUUAUAUGCCAAUGAUGAGAAGCUGUUGAGAGGUAUCAACCAGAAAAAUGAUAAUGUCAGUCUACAAAUUUUUAUGUACAUUUUAUAGAGAGAUACAGCAACAGCUUUUAUUGUUUGGCAUAAGGGUCUCCUCCAUCAAAUUACAUUUUUUUGGUAAAUUAAAAAAGUACAAAAAUUUGGAUACUUCCUUAUGUUUUUUUUAAUGUUUGUCUUUUGGAGUGUUUUACAGCAGUAAGAAUCUAUUGCAAACUCAUUUAUAGGAAGUACCUGCAAGAUUGUGGGAACAUAUAAGACAUUCCUCAAAACAAACUAUGAUUUUUUUUUGAUUUUUUUUUUAUUUUUUCCUUUUAUAUAGCAUUAAUUUGCCUGCCACGAUUAUAGGGUUGUACACCUGUCUCAGAGAUAUGAAUCAGUCAGAAGAAUAGAAGAAGAAAAAAAAAAAAAAAUGACAAGCUCUCUGAAACUGGACCAUCUAUUACACCUCAAUCAGUAACAUAACCAAGUAUGGGUACUACAAUUGUUCCCUGAAUUCUCGAGCUGUUACUCAAGUAUGUCGUUGGUGUACUGAUAUUAUGUUCAGUGUCUUGUGUAGCACAAGCUAGCCUCUACUGUGUUAUAUUUUAACUACUUGUGUAAAUAUUGCUUUUUUUAUCUCAUUGUAUGACUAUUUAUGCUUUAUACACUAACCAUUUUCACUGUGUAGUCUGUUUCUACUGUACAUGACAAAAUACAAAUUGUCUCUCGACCGAA